AUGGAUAUGAAUAUGGACAUGUCGUCGACGACCAUGCCCCCGAGCAUGGCGACACCGGUCUCGUCCGCCGCCGCCGCAACGUCGUCAGCAGCGAUGGAUAUGGGCGGUAUGGCCGGGAUGGAUCACAGCGGGAUGGAUAUGGGGGGCUGCAUUACCAACAUGUUAUGGAACUGGAACGUCAUCGACUCUUGCUUCAUCUCGUCAUCAUGGCGCAUCACCUCCAAGGGCAUGUUUGCCGGUUCCUGCAUCGGCGUUAUCCUCCUCGUCAUGUCCGUCGAGUUCCUGCGCCGCCUGUGCAAAGAAUACGAUCGAUACAUCCUGCGCCAACAUCAACGCACGCAGGCGGUGGUCGUGUCGAACGAGCAGAGCAAGGCCACCGAUGGCACGUGUGCGCCGGACGUUCGGUCGCUGGGUCCAGUGCCGUUCAGACCUAAUCUUCUGCAGCAGAGUGUGAGGGCUACUCUACACAUGUGUUCCUUUGCGGCGGCCUACUUCGUCAUGUUGUUGGCCAUGUACUACAACGGGUACAUCAUCAUGUGUAUCUUCAUCGGGGCCUGGCUCGGCGCAUUCGUCUUUUCCUGGGAGACCAUUGGUCUGGGAGGUGCACAGAGAGAGGAAAACGUGACGGGCUGUUGUGGUUGA